GUUGGGCCGACUGCACGAACCAUGCCAGGCACACGCACGUACGAGCGAGCCCUGCUGCGACAACGCAAUCCAUACGGUUCACCAGAGCAGAGAUCUUUGCUUUGGGGCUGCCAUUGAUUGCCGUUUCGCUACUGACAUACUCCAUAACUGCUUCCACCGACGCUCCAAAUAAUUCGAGCGCAUCAAGACGCUUGGUACAGCUGUUGAUAUGUCGAAACGCAAGGCCGAGACGGUGGAGAUCCCGGUGGAUCCAAGUGAUGUCCUUGAAUUUACCAACCUUGGUGCUGGCAAUGAGGUUGGAAGAUCAUGUCAUAUCAUUCAGUUCAAGGGCAAGACCGUCAUGCUUGACGCCGGUGUCCACCCCGCCUACACUGGUCUCGCUGCAUUACCCUUCUACGACGAAUUCGACCUGUCAACAGUCGACGUACUCUUGAUUUCUCAUUUCCAUCUGGACCAUGCUGCGUCACUACCAUAUGUUAUGCAGAAGACCAAUUUCAGAGGGAGAGUGUUCAUGACGCACCCAACAAAGGCUAUCUACAAGUGGUUGUUGUCUGAUUUCGUCCGUGUGUCGAAUGUAGGACCAGAUGACCAGCUUUAUGAGGAGAAGGAUCUGUUGGCAUCAUAUGAGAAGAUUGAGACGAUUGAUUAUCACUCUACUGUUAUUGUGGACGGUAUCAAGAUCACACCUUACCAUGCUGGACAUGUGUUGGGUGCGGCUAUGUUCUUCAUUGAGAUCGCGGGCGUGAAGAUCCUGUUUACCGGAGACUACUCAAGAGAAGAAGAUCGACACUUGAAUGUGGCUGAGGUACCGCCUGAGAAGCCGGAUAUUAUGAUUACCGAGUCGACAUACGGUACAGCAGCACAUCAGCCAAGAGAAGAGAAGGAGAAUCGGUUAACUCAUUUGAUCCAUUCAACACUACGACGAGGUGGACGCGCACUUCUUCCUGUAUUUGCGUUGGGACGAGCACAAGAGCUCCUUCUUAUUCUAGAAGAAUACUGGACGAACCAUCCUGAGCUUCAUUCCGUCCCGAUUUACUACGCCUCCUCCCUUGCCCGGAAAUGUAUGGCGGUGUAUCAAACCUACAUCAACAUGAUGAACGACAACAUCCGCCGCAAGUUCCGUGAAGGGCAGGAGAAGGGCGAAGGUCGGAAUCCAUUCAUUUUCAAGCAUAUUCAGAGUCUGAGGAGUUUGGAGCGGUUUGAGGAUGUGGGUCCGUGUGUGAUGCUGGCGAGUCCGGGUAUGUUACAGAAUGGUGUGAGUAGGGAGUUGUUGGAGAGGUGGUGUCCAGACCCGAGGAAUUCACUGUUGGUGACGGGUUACUCAGUGGAGGGUACGAUGGCAAAGCAUAUUCUCAAUGAACCGCCGGAGAUUCAGUCAUUAUCGGGUCAGGCGCUACCACGGCGGAUGCAAGUCGAAGAACUUUCUUUUGCAGCACAUGUCGACGGAAGACAAAACCAGGAGUUUAUCCAUGCUAUUGGGGCGCGACACAUCAUUCUUGUCCACGGCGAACAGAACAACAUGGGCCGUUUGAAAUCGAACUUGAUGUCCCAUUACAAGGGGAACGAUCAAGUGAAGAUCUAUAACCCCCGCAACUGCGAGCCUCUCCAGCUUCCCUUCCGCAGUGACAAGAUUGCGAAGACAAUCGGAUCCCUUGCGACCAAACCACCAGCAAACGGCGUCAUACUGAGCGGUGUAUUAGUACAGAAGGACUUUGGGAUGAGUGUCAUGGCUGCAGAAGAUCUGAGGGAGUUCUCAGGGUUGGUGACGAGUAUCGUUGUUGAGAAGCAGAGAGUACGGUUUGGUGCUGGUGUGAGCCUGCUCGUGUUUCAUCUCGAGCAGAUGUUUGGUGCUGUUCGGAAGGAGCUGGAUGAGGAAAAGCGACCAAUGUUCAAGGUCAUGGAUACCGUCACGAUUCGUUGUGUGGAGGAGUACGAACUUGAGAUUGAGUGGGUUGGAAAUGUCAUGAACGAUUCUAUUGCCGAUGCUGUCCUCGCCAUCCUACUUGGAGUGGAGUCGUCGCCGGCAUCUGUGAAACUCACAAAUCAGUCAUGUUCGCACUCGCACUAUCCUUCACAUGCAAAUGUUACUCCCGCGUUACGAUUGGAGCGUGUCCUGAUGUUUCUCGAGGCGCAGUUUGGUGAAUGGUUGACGAGCACCGAUGUCGGAUGCAACAUUGUGGUUGACGAUCAUAAAGCAAGUGUGAAUCUGGAGACGCUGGAGGUUGAGUGUGGGUUCGAACCCUUGAGAAGUAGAAUUAAGGCAGUAUUAGAACGCGCUGUUGGGACUGUUGCGCCUUUCGCGAGGUUCGAGGAGGAAAGUGAUAGAGAUGACGAAGAGGUCAAGGAAGAAGACGAGGACACGCGCUGAGCCGGGUAAGGUAUGUAACUGAAAGGAAGUCUAUUUAUAGGAACACCCAUGUAUGCGACGAUAUGCCAAAAGUCAAACGCCAAACU